UUUCUUAAACUAAACACCUAACUAGAGUUUUUAUACAAGAGUGCUGGCAAGCUUAAAACCAAUAAAAACUUUCUAAUCUUGCUUCAAGUAACCGGGCGAGUUGGGCAAACUAUAAGGGUCAAUUAUGCGGUACAAAAAUGUCAUCAGAUUGUUUCUUUUUUCAUUUUUCCUUUUGAUCCGACAUCAUAUUAUUUCAUAGUGUGGUAUCUUUGCAAAAUCCAAAGUCCCCCCUUUCCUCCCAUCUUUCUCACCUCUUUUCUAUAACUUAGGAAGGUGACCCGUUUAUCUUCUGCCUCCUACAUAGAAUAGCACCACCCCGAAAGGUAAAGGCACAUACAGACAGGAGAUAAGAUGUGGGGAGCAAGUGUAACUGCUGUAAUGGUUUUAACGGAGUUCCUAGAUGUUGGCUUAAACACUGUAAAUAAAGCUGCCAUGAACAGAGGACUCAGUGAUUUUGUUCUAGUUUUGUAUUCAAACAUCUUUGCCAUCUUCAUUCUUGCUCCAUGCAUUUUCAUCUUCUACAGAAAAAGAACCCCACCCCUGAUUACAUGGUCCACCAUCUGCAAAAUCUUCCUUCUAGGCGUGCUCAGUUAUGCUGGACAGAUAUGCACAUACAUUGGAUUAGGAUAUGCCUCUCCAACUCUGGCCUCGGCCAUGGCUGAUCUUACUCCAGCCUUCACCUUCUUAUUCUCCAUCAUCUCUAGGAUGGAGAAGCUGGACUUGGGAAUCAAAAGCAGUCACGCAAAGUCUUUAGGCACUUUGGCAUCAAUCUCUGGGGCUUUAGUUGUGACUUUAUACAAAGGCAUGCCACUUACCGGUACUCCAUCAAAGAACAGAUUGCUUGACGAAGUUCUUGUGAUUCCUCAAUCAAACUGGAUAGUUGGAGGUUUUUUGCUUGCAUCUCAUAGUGUUAUCUUCGCAAUUAUACUUAAUGUUCAGACUUGGAUUAUAAGGGGCUACCCUGCAGAGAUGAUGGUAACACUCAUUUGCAACAUCUUUGUCGCCAUCCUAUCUUCCGUUGUCUCUGUGAUCGUAGAGAAGGACCCAAAUGCUUGGAGACUUGGGCUGAAUAUGGAGUUAAUAGCGAUUGUGUACACAGCAGCUUUCGCGGUAGCAUUUCGAAGUGUGGUUCACAAAUGGGCGUUGCGCAAGAAAGGGCCUAUCUAUGUUUCCAUGUUUAAGCCACUAGGGAUGGUCAUCGCUCUUGCAAUGGGGAUUACCUUUCUUGGGGACAAACUUUAUCUUGGGAGUUUACUUGGAGUCGCCAUAAUUGCUAUUGGAUUUUAUGCUGUGAUUUGGGGGCAAGCCCAAGAAGACAAAAUGGUUGCAGACACAGAAAUUUGUGACUCUGAACAAUCCUCAACUAAGCACCCUCUACUCUCGAACAGGGGCUUGGUGGUAUAGUGGUUUUAAGAAAACAUUAAAAAAAAAAAAAGUGUUGGUGAAAAAUCUAGGAGGAAAAUGGAAUAAGUAUGUAGAUCUAAUCCCCCGCCUCUCAUCAAAAUCCUUUUUUACGUACAACAAAUUGAAAUAAAAAAUAUUCCAAUAAAUUGUGAUUCAGAUUAGCAUCUUGAACAUUUUUUUUUAAGGAAACUGAUUGACCUUUUAUGUAAGACUAGU